UUUCCACCUCUGCGCCGCUCUCAGUCGCUUCGCUUCCACCUGGCACGCCCGAUUCGAACCGAAGCUCUCCGAGUGAACGCGUUAAUGUGCCGGUCACCGUGGGGCCCAUCCUCCGGAACGAUUACUGUUGCUUUUCGUGUCCCAUUUCCUAUCGUGGUGCUGUGGUGCCGCGGCUCGCGUUCCUUUUUCCACGUUUAGUCGCUUCCACGACCGCCGACUUCCUCCGGCGAUCCUCAGGUCUGUCACGUCGGUCAUGAAAAGCGCGCUUUACGUCGCGGUCGCGUCCGAAGUGCAGUGCAGUGCUUCUUCUUCUUCUUCUUCUGGUUCUACUCCUUCCUGCUCGUCUGCCUCUUCUUCUUCUUCUUAAUGGAGUGUGCCGACGUAUAGCCGCUUUUCGUCGUGUUUCUCGUUACUCGCACAAGGCGGAGUGCCGACAACCACGACUUGAGAGAUGGUCAUCGUCACGCGGGGGGACUACAUAUGGAUCGAACCAAUCUCUGGAAGGGAAUUUGACGUUGCGAUCGGGGCACGAGUGAUCUCUGCGGAAGGCAGGCGCAUUCAAGUGAAAGACGACGAUAACAAGGAACAAUGGCUGACACCGGAGAGACGGAUAAAGGCGAUGCACGCCACCUCCGUCCAAGGCGUCGAGGAUAUGAUCAGCCUAGGAGACCUCCAUGAGGCCGGCAUCCUGAGGAACUUGCUGAUACGAUACAACGAGAACCUGAUAUACACCUACACGGGCUCGAUCCUCGUCGCCGUGAACCCCUAUCAGAUCCUGCCGAUUUACACCGCGGAGCAGAUCAAGCUGUACAAGGAUCGGAAGAUCGGCGAGCUGCCGCCGCACAUAUUCGCGAUCGGCGACAACAGUUACGCGCACAUGAACCGAUACGGCCAGGAUCAGUGCAUAGUGAUCAGCGGCGAAAGCGGAGCCGGCAAAACGGAAAGUACGAAACUAAUUUUGCAAUAUUUGGCAGCGAUCAGCGGCAAACAUUCGUGGAUCGAACAGCAAAUUUUGGAAGCGAACCCGAUCUUGGAAGCAUUCGGCAACGCCAAGACGGUGCGGAACGACAAUUCCUCCCGCUUCGGGAAAUACAUCGAUAUACACUUCAACGAGCAGGGCGUGAUAGAAGGGGCCAAGAUCGAGCAAUACCUGCUAGAAAAGUCGCGAAUAGUGUCGCAGAGCUUGGACGAGAGGAAUUACCACGUGUUCUAUUGCAUGUUGGCCGGUCUGUCCAAGGAGGAGAAGCAAAAGCUGGAGUUGGAGGACGCGUCUUCGUACAAAUAUCUCACGGGUGGCGGCAGCAUCACCUGCGAAGGUCGCGACGACGCUGCGGAGUUCGCGGACAUUAGGUCGGCGAUGAAGGUUCUGUUGUUCUCUGACGCGGAAAUAUGGGAAGUCUUGAAGCUGUUGGCCGCCCUGCUGCACAUUGGAAACGUCAAGUACAGGGCUACCGUUGUAGAUAAUUUGGACGCCACCGAAAUACCGGAACAGACGAACGUCCGGAGGGUGGCGCAGCUGCUGGGCGUGCCGGUGCAAUCGUUGAUAGACGCGCUCACUCGCAGAACGAUAUUUGCUCACGGUGAGACGGUUGUCUCGACGCUGUCCAGGGAACAGUCGGUGGACAUUAGGGACGCGUUCGUCAAGGGUAUCUACGGCCGGUUGUUCGUGCACAUCGUGAAGAAGAUCAACGAGGCGAUCUACAGGCCGAAGAACACGUCCCGCAGCGCGAUAGGCGUGCUCGACAUCUUCGGGUUCGAGAACUUCAAUCACAACAGCUUCGAGCAGUUCUGCAUCAACUACGCGAACGAGAAUCUGCAGCAGUUCUUCGUGCAGCACAUCUUCAAGCUCGAGCAGGAGGAGUACAAUCACGAGGGUAUCAACUGGCAGCACAUAGAGUUCGUGGACAACCAGGACGCGCUGGAUUUGAUCGCGAUCAAACAGCUGAACAUCAUGGCGCUGAUCGACGAGGAGUCGAAGUUCCCGAAGGGCACCGAUCAGACGAUGCUCGCGAAGAUCCACAAGACCCACGGGACCCAUCGGAACUAUUUGAAGCCGAAGUCGGACAUCAACACGUCGUUCGGGCUGAAUCACUUCGCCGGCGUGGUGUUCUACGACACGAGAAGCUUCCUGGAGAAGAACCGGGACACGUUCAGCGGCGAUCUGCUGCAGCUGAUCCACAUAUCGUCGAACAAGUUUCUGCAGGCGUGCUUCGCCGAGGACAUAGGCAUGGGCUCGGAGACGAGGAAACGGGCGCCAACCCUGUCCACGCAGUUCAAGAAGUCCCUGGACUCGCUGAUGAAGACCUUGUGCAGCUGCCAGCCGUUCUUCAUCAGGUGCAUCAAGCCGAACGAGUACAAGAAGCCGAUGAUGUUCGACAGGGGUCUGUGUUGCCGACAGCUCAGAUACUCCGGCAUGAUGGAGACAAUCCGCAUACGUAGAGCCGGCUACCCGAUCAGGCACUCCUUCCCGGAGUUCGUCGAGAGAUACCGAUUCCUGAUCCCCGGCAUACCGCCGUCGCACAAGGUCGACUGUCACGCGGCCACUUCGAGAAUCUGUCACGCGGUGCUGGGCAGAUCGGACUACCAGCUGGGCCACACCAAAGUUUUCCUGAAGGACGCGCACGAUCUGUUCCUGGAGCAGGAGCGCGACCGCGUGCUCACACGGAAGAUCCUGAUCCUGCAGCGCAACAUCCGCGGCUGGGUCUACAGAAGGAGGUUCCUGCGGAUGCGAGCAGCGGCGACGGUGGUGCAGAAAUACUGGCGCGGUUACGCGCAGAGACAACGCUACAAACGCAUGCGUAUCGGUUACAUGCGGCUGCAGGCGUUGAUCAGGUCGCGGGUGCUCUCGCACCGUUUCAGACACCUCAGGGGGCACAUCGUGGCGCUGCAGGCUCGCGCGCGGGGCUACUUGGUUCGCAGGCUCUACCAGAAGAAGCUGUGGGCGAUCGUGAAGAUCCAGGCGCACGUGCGCCGGCUGAUCGCGCAGAGGCGGUACAAGAAGAUCAAGUACGAGUACCGGUUGCACGUCGAGGCCCUGCGACUGCGGAAGAAGGAGGAGCGCGAGCUGAAGGACCAAGGGAACAAGCGGGCGAAGGAGAUCGCCGAGCAGAAUUACCGGGAGCGGAUGCAGGAGCUGGAGAGGAAGGAGAUCGAGAUGGAGCUGGAGGACCGGCGUCGAAUGGAGAUCAAGAAGAACCUGAUCAACGACGCGGCGAAGAAGCAGGACGAGCCGGUCGACGACAGCAAGUUGGUCGAGGCGAUGUUCGACUUCCUGCCGGACUCCAGCAGCGAGGCUCCCACUCCGGCUCGAGAGACCUCCGUGUUCAACGAUUUACCGGCGCCGAAGGCGGACCAGCAGGAGAUCAUCAGCCCGGUGCAGACGGCCUCCGAGGACGAGGAGGAUCUGUCCGAGUUCAAGUUCCAGAAGUUCGCGGCCACCUACUUCCAAGGGAACAUCACGCACCAGUACUCGAGGAAGCCGCUGAAGCAUCCGCUGCUGCCGCUGCACACCCAGGGCGACCAGCUGGCCGCGCAGGCCCUUUGGAUCACGAUCCUCCGGUUCACCGGCGACCUACCGGAGCCCAGGUUCCACACGAUGGACAGGGACACGACCUCGGUGAUGUCGAAAGUGACGGCGACGCUCGGCCGGAACUUCAUCAGGAGCAAGGAGUUCCAGGAGGCGCAGAUGAUGGGCGUGGACCCGGAGACGUUCCUCAGGCAGAAGCCGUCGAGGUCCAUCAGACACAAGCUGGUCUCGCUGACCCUGAAGAGAAAGAACAAGCUCGGCGAGGACGUCCGGCGGAAGCUGCAGGAGGACGAGUACACCGCGGACAGCUACCAGUCGUGGCUGGAGGCGAGGCCCACGUCGAACCUCGAGAAGCUUCACUUCAUCAUCGGCCAUGGGAUUUUGCGCGCCGAGCUCCGGGACGAGAUCUAUUGUCAGAUCUGCAAACAGCUGACGACCAAUCCGUCGAAGUCGUCGCACGCCCGAGGAUGGAUCUUGCUUUCGCUCUGCGUCGGCUGUUUCGCACCGUCCGAGAAGUUCGUGAAUUAUCUGCGCGCGUUCAUCAGGGAGGGUCCGCCGGGAUACGCGCCGUACUGCGAGGACCGGCUCAAAAGGACGUUCAACAACGGGACCAGGAAUCAGCCGCCGAGCUGGCUGGAGCUCCAGGCGACCAAGUCGAAGAAGCCGAUCAUGCUGCCGAUCACAUUCAUGGACGGGAACACGAAGACGCUGCUCGCCGACUCCGCAACCACCGCCAGGGAGCUCUGCAACCAGCUGUCCGACAAGAUAUCGUUGCGCGACCAGUUCGGUUUCUCUCUGUACAUUGCCCUGUUCGAUAAGGUCUCCUCGCUGGGCAGCGGCGGCGACCACGUGAUGGACGCGAUCUCCCAGUGCGAGCAGUACGCGAAGGAGCAAGGCGCCCAGGAGCGAAACGCCCCGUGGAGAUUGUUCUUCCGCAAGGAGAUAUUCGCGCCGUGGCACGAGCCGACCGAGGACCAGGUGGCCACCAACUUGAUCUACCAGCAGGUCGUCAGGGGGGUCAAGUUCGGCGAGUAUCGCUGCGACAAGGAGGAAGACCUGGCGAUGAUCGCCGCGCAACAAUAUUACAUAGAAUAUCACAUGGACAUGAACGUUGAUAGGCUCUACACCCUCCUGCCGAAUUACAUACCGGAUUACUGUCUGACGGGGAUCGACAAGGCCAUCGACAGAUGGGGUCACCUGGUUUUGCAGGCGUACAAAAAGAGCUACUACUUGAAGGAGAAGGUGCCGGCGUUGCGGGUGAAGGAGGACAUAGUCGGCUACGCGAAGUUCAAAUGGCCGUUGCUGUUUUCCCGUUUCUACGAAGCGUACAGAAACUCCGGGCCGAAUUUGCCGAAGAACGACGUGAUCAUCGCGGUGAACUGGACCGGAGUGUACGUCGUCGACGACCAGGAGCAAGUGCUCCUUGAAUUAUCCUUCCCCGAGAUCACCACCGUAUCUAGUCAAAAAACGAACAAAAUGUUCACGCAGACGUUCAAUUUGUCGACGGUCCGCGGAGAAGAGUUCACGUUCCAGAGUCCGAACGCCGAGGACAUCCGCGACUUGGUGGUGUACUUUCUAGAGGGUCUGAAGAAACGUAGCAAAUACGUGAUCGCUCUGCAGGAUUACAAGGCGCCAGGCGAGGGCUCGUCGUUCCUUAGUUUUCAGAAAGGCGAUCUCAUCGUACUGGAGGAAGAGAGCACCGGCGAGACGGUCCUCAAUUCCGGAUGGUGCGUCGGCACGUGCGAGAGGACCAACGAGAAAGGCGACUUUCCCGCGGAGACUGUUUACGUUCUGCCAUCGCUGAGCAAGCCGCCGAACGAUAUCUUGUCCUUGUUCAGCAUCGAAGGAACGGAGAACGGCCGCAAACUCUAUCCGCAACAAGUCAACGGAGUAGAACCUCGCGACAAGCCUCACACUCUGCUGGAAUACGCCAUCGACCAUUUCAGAACGCCGCCGAAGAGAACGAUGUCGAAGGCGCUGACGUUGACCACCGCUCGACGCGGACACACCGACGAGCUGUGGCAUCACUCGAGGGACCCGAUCAAGCAACCAUUGCUGAAGAAACUUACGUCAAAGGAGGAGCUCGCCGAAGAGGCGUGUUUCGCGUUCAACGCCAUGCUGAAGUACAUGGGGGACCUGCCGACGAAGAGACCGCGUGUCGGCAACGAGUACACAGACCUAAUCUUCGACGGGCCUCUGAAAAACGAGAUACUGCGGGACGAGAUCUACUGUCAAAUCAUGAAGCAACUGACAGACAAUCGAAACCGAUUGAGCGAGGAGCGCGGCUGGGAGCUGAUGUGGCUCGCCACCGGGCUUUUCACUUGCAGCCAAAGCCUUUUAAAGGAAUUAACUCUGUUCUUGCGGACGAGGCGGCACCCCAUAUCUCAGGACUCUUUGCAAAGGCUGCAAAAAACGUUGCGAAACGGCCAACGGAAGUACCCCCCGCACCAAGUCGAAGUCGAAGCUAUACAGCACAAAACCACGCAGAUAUUUCACAAAGUCUAUUUCCCAGACGACACGGACGAGGCGUUCGAGGUAGACUCGUCCACGAGAGCGAAAGACUUCUGCCAGAAUAUUGCGCAGAGGCUGAACUUGAGAUCCGCGGAAGGGUUCAGCCUGUUCGUCAAGAUCGCCGACAAGGUCAUCUCGGUUCCCGAAGGCGACUUCUUCUUCGACUUCGUACGCCAUCUGACGGACUGGAUCAGGAAAGCUCGACCGUCUCGCGACGGCGUGCCGCCCCAGUUUACCUACCAAGUUUUCUUCAUGAAAAAGUUGUGGACCAAUACCGUGCCCGGCAAAGAUAGGAACGCCGAUCUGAUUUUCCAUUUCCACCAGGAGUUGCCUAAACUGCUACGCGGCUACCACAAGUGCACUAAAGAGGAAGCGUCCAGGCUGGCGGCGUUGGUCUACAGGGUCCGUUUCGGCGAGAGCAAGCAAGAACUUCAAGCGAUCCCACAAAUGCUGAGGGAACUGAUACCCGGCGAUUUGGUAAAGGUGCAGAGCUCCAACGAUUGGAAGAGAUCGAUAAUAGCGGCGUACAACCAAGAUGCUGGAAUGAGUCCGGAAGACGCGAAGAUCACGUUCUUGAAGAUCGUCUAUCGAUGGCCAACGUUCGGGUCGGCGUUCUUCGAGGUGAAACAGAGCACGGAACCGAAUUAUCCGGAAUUGUUAUUGAUCGCGAUCAAUAAACACGGAGUCAGCCUGAUACAUCCACAAACAAAGGACAUACUGAUUACGCAUCCGUUCACCAGAAUCUCAAAUUGGUCGUCGGGCAAUACUUACUUCCACAUGACGAUCGGCAACUUGGUGCGAGGCUCGAAGCUGCUGUGCGAGACCUCGCUCGGGUACAAAAUGGACGAUCUUUUGACUUCCUACAUUUCGCUGAUGCUCACGAACAUGAAUAAGCAGCGCACGAUACGGAUAAAGUAAACGCGGUCGUGUCUCGCUCGAGCUGUUCCGCGAGAAGUCUGCAAUGAGCGGGGUCAUCAUAGUCAUCGAAACCGUUCCCCGACGAUCCUAGUACUGAACGACGCGAGCAGCGUAUAUGCAUACCGGUAUAUUUGAUACGUAAACGGUCGUGUCGGAACUAUCGCAACUUUAUACACGUACGUACGCUAUAAUUAUUCCAUGAACGCGGUUCGAAGCCGCGUCAUCUCAUUUUCAUACUCAUCCGCUAAUUUAACACGUUCUGUUGUUUGCAACGAUCCAUGGAAGAUAAGAACAAGUAAAACAAAAAAAAAGAGAGAGAGAGAGAGAGAGAGAGAACAACACAGGACAACCGUGAUGCACGUGUAUACAAACGAUUAGCUGAAAAAUUGUAUAUGAUUUAUUUACAAAUAAGAUUUUCAUAUAGUUUUGUAAAAUAUUACUUUAAUAUAUAUAGGAGAUAUAAUUAAAGAAUUUCACGCUCAAACGUACUUGAUCGUUUCGAGAACAAUUUCGUCGUUAUAAACUAAAAGUCGAUGGUCGCUGACGAUCGAAAGGAAUUCCGGGUCGACGAAACCGAUCCUCCCGAAAUUGAGCACUAAAAAAAAACGAAAUCUACGCACGGACGCACUUGUAUUUCGAUAAUUCUAUUAUAUAGUAUUGCCCGGUGUAUAACGAAUCGCAAUGAUUAUUCGUUGAUCAUCCGUCCAAUGAUACGAGUAACGAGAUGUAAUUAUUAUUAAGUCGCAAUUUAUUACUGUGAAUAAAGAUAAUCGUGUUCUUCAGGUA